UGUGGCUCGAGCGCUUUAUACAGACCACUAAAGUGUAACAAUUGUAGCUGAUUGAGCUAAAUAGAUGGGGCUCCCCUUUCCGUUUCCUACGGUAACAAAGUUGUGGAGGAAGAUUUCACGCCCUAAAUGGCAGUUUGUUUGUUUGCAGACCCAAUGAAAGAAAAGUAAAUGGCAAUCACCGGAAGCAACUAAAUUUCUUUUAGGAAGAAUGGAAGUGCAAGGUGACGGACAGCACAAUGGUCCAAUUCGUCGCCGAUUCCAACGGAGGCUAGGACGAGGAGCCCCAAAUGUGGGCGCCCUUCGAGUCAAUGUUUGUGUCUCCAACCAGGAGAUCACCAUUUCCUUUCAGGUGAUCCCAAGGCAACCUGAAAACAAUAGCAAUGAAAACAUUGACAACAACAAUGUCGCCAAUAUGGAAGGCAUUAAUAGGAACCGUGGUGACAAUGAUAACAAUCCUAGUAGUGAUGACAAUGAUGGUGAUAUUGAAGAUUUUGACGUCAGUAAUGAAGACAGUGAAAACAACGAUGCCAAUAAUGAAGGCAAUGAUAGCAGUAAUGAAGAUAAUAUUGACGACAAUGACAAUUCUGAUGACGAUGCUAAUGUUGAAGAGAAUGAUGACAAUAUGGACGACGAUGAUGCCAAUGUUGAGGACAAUGAUGACAAUAUUGAGGACGAUGAUGAAGACAAUGACGACAAUAUUGAGGACGAUGAUGAAGACAAUGACGACAAUAUUGAGGACGAUGAUGCUGAAGACAAUGACGACAAUAUUGAGGACGACGAUGCUGAAGACAAUGACGACAAUAUUGAGGACGACGAUGCUGAAGACAAUGACGACAAUAUUGAGGACGACGAUGCUGAAGACAAUGACGACAAUAUUGAGGACGAUGAUGCUGAAGACAAUGACGACAAUAUUGAGGACGAUGAUGCUGAAGACAAUGACGACAAUAUUGAGGACGAUGAUGCUGAAGACAAUGACGAUGCCCAUAUCGAAGACAUUGACGACGAUAUUGAAGACAAUUAUGCCAAUGUUGAAGACAAUGACGACAAUGUCGAAGACGAUGACGACAAUAUCGGAGACGAUGAGGAACAUGUUGACAAUGCCGAAGAUAGCGACAAUGAUCCCAAUCAUGAAGGAAGCGAGCCAACAACAGAAGAAAGCGACAGCGACACAACUAGUAUUCAAAGUGAGGACAAUGAUCACGUUGUCAUUGAAAACCCAGAAUUCAACAUUUCAAUGGGCAUAAUGCCAUUUUUACACGGCAACAUUAUGCAGAACAUUUUCGUCGAGUUCCAUGGAACGAAUACGGAUGGUUUUGAAUUUGACAAUGCAGAGUAACAGGGAGGCAAGGGAACAAAACAUGGAAGACUAUGACAUCAAAACAAUGACAACAUUGAAAUGUCAAGUAAAAGUGUCAGGAAGGAUUACUGUAUGUACUCUAUCAUAGAACAGAUGCAGGACCUUGUCUGGAUCAUUAAAGAAGAGGUUGACCCUGAUAUAAGUCUGAAAAGUCUGAAGAAGACAUUUGUCUUACAUUCAGGGUUCACAUAUUUAUACAUGCAUACUAACAGGUGACGCCAAAUGUGUUCGCUUCAGGUGAGUCUGAGCUUUUCUUCCUGUCACUCACACACCAGACCUGGAGAGAUGCAGCCGUGACACAGCGUGUCUUAAAGGCUGGGCAAGUUAGCUAACAACAGAAGAAGAGUCGCGAUUCCAAUUUUAGAGUAGCUAAGAAAUUCAUAAUUUUCGACUGCAAUCUACAGUACAAGUUAUGUCACUGAUAUUGAAAACAUGAUUUAAAGUAUUGAUUUAUUCUUUUUUUGUGUUAUUUUCCCACAAAAAAUGGAUCUUGGAAAAGCGGGAUGUUCUUAUGUUCAGGGUCAGUUUAUAUUUUUGUUAAUACAGUAAUAGCUACGGGUGUCCUGAGCCAAUAUUAAAAUUAGAUAUCGGUCCAAUAUCAACCAAAAAACGUGUAUCGGAAUUUAUCGGCAUGGGUCAAAAGUGUUCAAUAUUAGCCUCCAAUAUGAAAAGUCCAUUCCUGCCUUCAUUUCAGCAAUUCUAUCCAGCAGCACCCAGGGCCAGCCUGCAUAGCCCACGUAAGAGCGAUUCAUAUAAGUUCGUUUCAAAGAUGUUUCAAAUGAUUGUUCAGCUAAAGAUGACUGAUCAUCACAACAGCUUGGAACUAUUAAUGAUGCACAACUUGGAACUAGUAAUGCUGCACAUCAAGUAAUAAAGAAUUUUACAUUAUUAAACAAAACAAUCAUUUAUACACUUAAUAGUUUCUUGUUGCACUUGCACUUUCCUUAAAAGAAACACUGUAAACCAGGGGUGUCAAAAGUGCGGCCAAUGGGCCAAUUUUGGACUGGGGCUUGCCUUAUUGUAAAAAAAUAAAGGUUAACAAUGGGAUGUAUUAAAGGUUAAUAAUGGGAUGUAUUAAAGGGAUCAUAUUAAUUAUAUUUGUUCAUUGUGGUCUACAUAGCAUGUAAUGGUGGUUCUUUGGUCAACAUUUUGCAUGGAUUAUGUUUUACAGAGCAUUUUAAUGCUGCUUUCUGACCGUCUCUUAAGGAUGCUCUGGUUUUAUAUACGUGCCUCCACUUCAACUAUGUUUCCCACCGUCAUCCAUGUUGCAGUUUUAGCGCUUUAAUAGCAAGUCUACAGACAGCUAUAAGUUAGAACUAUACGCUACUUCGUAUUAGAAAUGGCAUCAGUGGAGGAUGCAUGUGCAUGUACGAGCCAAUCUGUCCCACAACAAGAGGAUAGCAAAAAAUAAGCUUAUUGACUACAGUGUGGACUACAAUGGUGCACUUGCGCAAGGCACUUUGGGUAAAUCUCUACUAGGGCUGUGAAUCUUUGAGUGUCCCACGAUUCGAUUCAAUAUCGAUUCUUGGGGUCACGAUUCGAUUCAAAAUCGAUUUUGUUUCAAUUCAACACGAUUCUCGAUUCAAAAACGAUUUUUUUCCCAAUUCAAAACGAUUCUCUAUUCAUUCAAUACAUAGGAUUUCAGCAGGAUCCACCCCAGUCUGCUGACAUGCAAGCAGAGUAGUAGAUUUUUGUAAAAAGCUUUUAUAAUUGUAAAGGACAAUGUUUUAUCAACUGAUUGCAAUAAUGUAAAUUUGUUUUAACUAUUAAAUGAACCAAAAAUAUGACUUAUUUCAUCUUUGUGAAAAUAUUGGACAAAGUGUGUUGUCAAGCUUAUGAGAUGCAAUGCAAGUGUAAGCUACUGUGACACUAUUCUUCUUUUUAUUUUUUUAUAAAUGUCUAAUGAUAAUGUCAAUGAGGGAUUUUUAAUCACUGCUAUGUUGAAAUUGUAACUAAUAUUGAUACUGUUGUUGAUAAUAUUCAUUUUUUGGUUUGUUCAGUGUCGUGUUUGUGUCUCCUCUCAAUUGCUCUGUUUAUUGCAGUUCUGAGUGUUGCUGGGUCGGGUUUGGUUUUGGAACUGGAUUGCAUUGUUAUGGUAUUGCUGUAUAUUGUU